AUGGCGAUGGACGAGUACCUGUGGAUGGUCAUCUUGGGUUUUAUCAUAGCUUUUAUCUUGGCGUUUUCUGUGGGUGCCAAUGAUGUUGCCAAUUCGUUUGGUACUGCCGUGGGCUCGGGCGUGGUGACCUUGAGGCAGGCCUGUAUCCUGGCUUCCAUCUUUGAAACCACCGGCUCGGUGUUGCUGGGGGCCAAAGUCGGAGAGACCAUCCGGAAGGGCAUCAUUGACGUGAACCUGUACAACGACACCGUGGAGACGCUGAUGGCCGGGGAGGUCAGUGCCAUGGUCGGCUCAGCUGUCUGGCAGCUCAUCGCAUCCUUCCUGAGGCUCCCAAUCUCGGGGACUCACUGCAUCGUCGGGGCCACCAUCGGGUUCUCCCUCGUCGCAAUUGGUACCCAAGGUGUGCAGUGGAUGGAGCUGGUCAAGAUUGUUGCUUCUUGGUUUAUAUCUCCACUGUUGUCUGGUUUCAUGUCUGGCGUGCUGUUUGUACUGAUCAGAAUGUUCAUCUUAAAAAAGGAGGACCCCGUCCCUAACGGCCUCCGGGCGCUUCCCGUGUUCUACGCCGCCACCAUCGCCAUCAACGUCUUCUCCAUCAUGUACACCGGAGCCCCAGUGAUGGGCCUGGUCCUCCCCAUGUGGGCGAUCGCCCUCAUCUCCUUCGGGGUCGCGCUGCUGUUCGCCCUCUUCGUGUGGCUCUUCGUGUGUCCGUGGAUGCGGAGGAAGAUAACAGGCAAAUUACAAAAAGAAGGUGCUUUAUCGAGAGUCUCUGAUGAAAGUCUCAAUAAAAUUCAGGAAGUGGAGUCCCCAGUAUUUAAAGAGCUGCCGGGUGCCAAGGCUCAUGACGACAGCACCGUCCCCCUCACGGGCUCAGCUGCGGAGCCCUCGGGGACCUCAGAAAGCAUGUCGGGGGGUCACCACCCCCGGGCCCCAUAUGGCCGGGCGCUGUCCAUGACGCACGGCACCACCAAGUCGCCUGUGUCCAACGGGACCUUCGGCUUCGACGGCACGGCGCGGACCGACGGUCACGUGUACCACACGGUGCACAAGGACUCCGGGCUCUACAAAGACCUGCUGCACCGCAUCCGUGACGAGCGGCCGGCCGACGGGGCCCCGCGGCAGCUGCGGCGCAACAACAGCUACACGUGCUACACGGCGGCCAUCUGUGGGCUGCCCGGCCUGGCCACACGCCGCGGUGACACGCCCGCGCCCGAGGACAGCGAGAAGCUGGUGGCCGACGCCGUGGCCUACUCGCGCCGCCGGCUGCGCUACGACAGCUACUCCAGCUACUGCAACGCCGUGGCUGAGGCGGAGAUCGAGGCCGAGGAGGGCGGCGUGGAGGUCCGGCUGGCGCCCCAGCUGGCCGAGCCCGAGCCGCCGCGCGACGACCCGGUGGACGAGGAGAAGGAGGAGAAGGACUCGGCCGAGGUGCACCUGCUCUUCCACUUCCUGCAGGUCCUCACCGCCUGCUUCGGCUCCUUUGCGCACGGCGGAAAUGACGUGAGUAAUGCCAUCGGGCCCCUGGUGGCUCUGUGGCUCAUUUAUGAACAAGGUGCGGUCCUGCAAGAAGCGGCGACUCCCGUCUGGCUGCUGUUUUAUGGAGGGGUUGGAAUUUGUACAGGCCUCUGGGUGUGGGGGAGACGAGUGAUCCAGACCAUGGGGAAGGACCUCACGCCCAUCACGCCGUCCAGCGGCUUCACCAUCGAGCUGGCCUCGGCCUUCACCGUGGUCAUCGCCUCCAACAUCGGGCUGCCAGUCAGCACCACGCACUGCAAGGUCGGCUCGGUGGUGGCGGUGGGCUGGAUCCGCUCGCGGAAGGCUGUGGACUGGCGCCUCUUCCGCAACAUCUUCGUGGCCUGGUUCGUGACGGUGCCCGUGGCCGGGCUGUUCAGUGCUGCUAUCAUGGCGCUCCUCAUGUACGGGAUCCUUCCAUUCGUGUGA